GUCGCUAGCGAGCCUCGCGCGUUCUCAACUAUCUUACCACACAGAACACCGAUGCUCACUUUACACUAAGAGACCUCAAACCUCAGCCUCACAUUCAUCCAAAUAUCAACCGCGGUCCGCCAGCCUAGGCCGUCAGUUGUACCUCCUACCAAAGCUCAACAGUUCCAGAAUUAUCGUGAUCGAGCUACACUGCCACAGCUACGUUGUAUAAAUCAGGGAUCGACAAAAUAAGCUCAUUCAUCGGUUCCAAUACCUGCGUUGCCGUUGCCUUUUCCGCAUCUCGAUUCAUAGUUUAUUCUCCUCUCCACUCCUCCCACACACAAACGCACCUUCUGCCCACUCCCCACGCUCUUCUCUCAAUCCUUCAAUCACUCGCUGGCUCUUUGUAAGCCCUUUCUUACGGACCCCCUAGGGACAGAUCCUCGUCCCCCAGUGGCCAUGACCCAGACCUAGACUACCACCAUACUGUCGGUUCUAUUCACUCCGCGUCCCUCUCAGCUGAUCACCUCUUGCUUGCCAACCACCCGUAGUGCAACUCAUUCGCUCUCGUUCUGAAGGAGGUAUCGAAAAGGCAACUACAUCUCCGAUCCAACAAACGUUCCCGUUGUCUCCUCUAGCCGCCCAAGUUCUCGGUUCCCGAGACCAUUCAACCACCGUCCUGCAGCGCCCUCCUUACGGGCCCUGCCUUGGCCAAUAGUUCAGAGUAGACCUUGGCGCACACUGGCACACACCGCCGCAAAGCACGGCUUAGGCACGCUGCAGUGUUGGGUCUGCGUUGUUCUUUAUGAACAUGGACUCUGAUUCCCGGUCCGCGGGCCCCGAUGACCAGGGCCUCCGUCGAGCCUGUGAUCAAUGUCGCACCCGUAAAAUCCGUUGUGAUAAGAGUUCGCCAUGUUCCAACUGCCGUAUAACUCAACGCUCCUGCAGCUCAAACGGUGUUGGUCAGAAGCCGAAGGAGCAGAGACAUCGUGUGCUCAUUUCUCUUCAAUAUGAGAAAAAGAUUGAUCUCAUCGAGGAACGACUUUCGAAUAUCGAGGAGCUCCUGCGGAGUCUCAGCAACAACCCUCCUGGCGUAGGUGGUCAUUCAUGGGAUACCACUAGGGCCAGACAUACGACGCCCUCAGCCUCGACCAUCGGGGAUGCUUCUGUCCUAUCCCACGACGGUGCAGACUCGGAUUCAGCUUUCGAGGGCGACCUCUCUCUGACUGCCCACACAAUGUUUGCCAGCGACUUUAUCGAAGACGCCGUGCAGAGGACAUCGCUCCAGGACGUGGCGCCCAACAUGCAAGCUGCGCUCUCUUCCCUCCGGCAGAUCGUCGCUAUGCAGAGCAAGGCAUCUUCCAAUCGAGAUUUCCGGUUCCGUACGCAUCAGCCGCUUCCUCCAGGAGGUCUGCCUGAAUUGCCCAUGCCGCCGAUGAACGCCGUCGUUGCUUUGCUCAAGCACAUGAAAGUUUCUCCACCCAGCAUCUUCUCACUCGCAUGCUCUUUCCUCGAUGUUGAUGACCUGGCCGAGCUCUGCCGGAGAGUGUACUUCUGCACCGACAAUUUUGCUGAUACCACCUUCAUCAUAGUGAAUGGGGCGCUCUUCUACUUGUUCAUGGAACAAGCAUACCUAGCAUCGGAUGCGACUGCGCGCGAAGAGUUUGAGAGGUACCAACAUAUGUGUCAGAGCAAUCUAGAAAUGGCGCUAGCUUCCUUGCCUUUGAUGCUCCCUGCAAAGGUCGAAAGCAUAGAAGCCUUGCUCCUGGCGGCCGUUUAUGCUGUGGAUGUAUCUAAAGCAUCACUCGCGUGGCUUUUCACAUCCACUGCUGCAAGCUUGUGUCAGACGCUUGGUUACCACCGCGUAUCGCAAGUGAGGAGCGAGAGCGCCGGGCCUAGAGACAUCAAGACCCUCUUGUUCUGGCAUGUGUACAUGCUCGACAAAACAUUGUCUCUGAGAACGGGGAGAGCAUCGGUCAUCCAGGACUGGGACGUCACCUUGCCACGGCGGGUCGACAACACCAUGGUUGCGGAUCCAUGGGGUCUCAUCAUAACAACGUGGAUCAAGCAGGCUGAGAUCCAACACCGCGUUUAUGAACAAUUAUACAGUCCACUUGCUCUGGGUCAGUCGCAAGAAGAACGCAUCGAGACCGUGCGUCGCCUGGAAAAUGAACAAAAGACGAUCAUGGCCGCUGCGUCGCAUGUGCGGGAGCAGGCUCUCUUCGGCCUCAAGGCCCUCAACGCAUCGUCUAUCUUGGACAUACACCUGCGAGGCGACGAACUGACAUUUCAGUCCACAUUGACUCUCAUCUACAGAGCAUUGCCAGCGCCUGAAGGUUCGCCAACACGGUUUUCCCAGGAAUGUAUAGACACGGCGCGAUUUGCCAUGCAGCUGCACCUUGAAUGCAUGCAGAGAAUUGCUGAGGAAGGACGGCAUCUUAAAGCAGUCUAUAUUCACUGGGCAAUUCUCCUCACGCCUUUCACGCCCUUCUUCGUCCUUUUCUGUCACGUCAUUGACACUUCCAAUGCUGGCGACCUCAAGAAGCUGAAUGAGUUCGUUGCUUCACUUCGACCCGCAUGCACCAUGUCGGAGCCUGUAGAGAAGCUUCACCAGCUCUGUUCAAUGCUCUGUAACGUUGCGACUCUGUACGUGGAGAGCAAGUCCCAGCAAUCAAAUGAACGCGGCCCCAUCAACGACGAAUUCGAUGUCUAUCUGAGCGCGUUGGGAUUCCCACCCACGGAAUAUCCUGCUCAGGGCAUGGAUACUAGCGAUAUGUCGCAGCCUACCCUUCAAACUGCCCAACUAGGCAACUGGUUUUCGGGUAGCCAGUACAUGAUGGGAUUGCUUGAAGAAGACCUAUCCCAGUUCAACUAGACUGGCUGCGAAGGAACGGCCGGAAAUGAGCCAUCGCAUUCCCGCCGGGUUGAGCACAACUGACCGAUCGUGGCCUCCCUAACACGAUCUUGUCUCCGAGAGUGACUCGAGGAUGCGAGGCUAAGCAGUGGCUAGCAAUGUGAGAGCUGAGGAUUGGUUCCAGCUUUCCCCACAUGACAUUGUGAGCCCAUAUAGAAUGGAAAUAUUGUCGAAACGCCUCAUGGCCUUAAUCUGCCCCCGUGUCCGUUGAAGCUUUAGCUGGCGCUAUUGCAUAAUGUUUGUCGUACGUUUGGCUUGAGCUUUCACUCGGUGGGGUGUUGCGGGUCAUAAUGCUCGUAGUCUUCGUCGUCGGUAUCGCUCUCAAUCAGGACAUCCCGUUCGCGUGCGUUCGCAAGUCUGUCUGCCUCUAGGGCUUGGCCGACCUUUGAUCUCGGGGCGUCUAGCGCGUUUGGGGCAUCGACGGGGGCAAAUGCCGAUUUAAAACCUGACUUCUUGAAGCCGCCCUUCUUAAACCCUCCACCUGCCGUAGACUGCUGCGGCUGCUCGUUGUUGGCGAGCUUGAUGCUGACAAGGCCAUCCGCCUUGGCUUCAGCCUUCCGAGCUCGGGCGCCGGCGUUCGGAUCGCGAACCAUAGCCUUCAUGUCUUUGAGGCGUUGUUUAUGGCUGUGGUCAUAGCUACUAAGGUGCGCCUCGUAAUCGUUCAUGCGAGAGUAUCCUUUCGAACAGAGGCUACAAUAGAAUGAUUGCAGGGCUUCGCGGGCGGCUGCGGUCUGCGCCGGGGGCAGUGUUUGGUGUCGCUGGGCAAGCGCAUGUAAAAUUAGAAGUUUGGUCAAGCAGAAAGAAAACUCAGAAGUUCUCUUACCGGAGGCAUGUUUGUGGAAUUAAGAUAGCGAAGAGCUACCGGUCAGGCGCGACGGGAAUAUGUGAUGGUUGGUGGGUAUGGGAAAAUGCUAUCAGCGUAUGUUUGGAGUCCUGGCUGAGAUGCUACCAAGCUCGCAGGUUCCGAAGUCCCAGCAACUUGGACCCACAACAUUGUGCGGGGAGCCGCA